UCGCACGCAUCCUCCGUCUUAUUCUACUACGUUUCAACGCAACAGGCUGCAACAACCAAUGUGGUUCUAUGCUGAAGACCAGUACCACCUGUAACUGCGCCUCAGCUCCCGAGUUUCCAGCCGACGCCGAGGAUGAAGAAGCAAAACGUCCGGACCUUGUCGCUCAUUCUUUGCAUGUUUUCUUACUUACUGGUCGGCGCGGCGGUGUUUGACGCGCUGGAGUCCGAGUCGGAAAGCUCUCGGAGACGCAUCUUGGAACAGAAGCGCAACGAGAUGAAGAAGAAGUACCGCUUUUCUGAGGACGACUACCAUGAAAUCGAGCGAGUGGUGCUGCAAGCUGAGCCCCAUCGCGCUGGGAGACAGUGGAAAUUUGCUGGUUCUUUUUACUUUGCAAUAACAGUCAUCACCACCAUUGGUUACGGACACGCAGCACCAGGCACAGAUGCAGGAAAGGUGUUCUGCAUGUUCUACGCUGUUCUCGGCAUUCCACUCACUUUGGUCAUGUUCCAGAGCCUGGGAGAGAGGAUGAACACAUUUGUCCGCUAUCUCCUCCAUAAGAUGAAGCAGUGCCUUGGCUUCCGACGCACUGAGGUAUCGAUGGAGAACAUGGUCCUGGUGGGUUUCCUGUCCUGCAUUGGAACACUGUGUGUGGGGGCUGCAGCCUUCUCCCACUUUGAAGGAUGGAGCUUCUUCCAUGCCUACUACUACUGCUUCAUCACUCUCACCACCAUUGGCUUUGGGGACUUUGUAGCCCUGCAGAAAAAGGAAGACCUCCAAGAGAAAACGCCCUAUGUGGCUUUCAGCUUCAUGUACAUACUUGUUGGGUUAACGGUUAUCGGGGCCUUCCUGAACCUGGUGGUGCUUCGUUUCCUCACAAUGAACACUGAGGAUGAGAGGAGGGAUGCUCAGGAGAGGGCUUCACUGAAGAGAGACAGAGGCCUUUUGGAUGGAGGGCUGCACCUCCAUGUUGUAGGGGAACAAAACAGAGACCGCCACAGGGAGAGGAAUGCAGCUCACAGUCGUAGCCACAGUACCCUUUUCCUCCCAAUGGGGGAAGGAACCAGCCGCACCAACCUCAUUUCUUCCCCUGUGGAUGAUCAGGAAAGGCAAAGAAGCCCCUGUAGGCAAAAGCUGCAUUUCCAGAUUAAAGCAGGCAGACAUAGGCCGGAGUCCAGCCUCAGUUCCCUCUGCUCCUUUGUUUGUUAUCGCCUGGGAAUCUGUGAUAGCUUUCUGAAGUCCCACAGCGAACACCCCGACUGCCAUAUUAAUUCUGUUUACUACAACUCUGUAUCCUAUAAGAUUCAGGGCUGUUCGCCAAGUUCCAGAGACAACACUGGUCUCUCCUCCCCGGGAAGCACCCUCUCACCUGGGCACAGCUUUCGGGAGUUCCCUCGUUCUAGGAGAAAGUCAGUGUGA